AUGUUCAGUAGGAAGUAAGAGAUGGGCUCCAUUGAUGAAGAAAGGUCACUCCUCCUUGAAGCUGAACAAUCUCUUUUACAGGAAGAAGUAAAACUGUAUGCUGAAGAUGGAUCAAUAGACAUUAAUGGAAACCCACCAUUGAAGCAAAAAACAGGAAACUGGAAAGCUUGCCCAUUCAUUUUUGCCAAUGAAUGCUGUGAACGGUUGGCUUAUUAUGGCAUUGCCAAGAAUCUUAUCACUUACUUCACAAAGGAACUACACGAAACCAAUGUUUCUGCUGCUAGACACGUCAUGACAUGGCAAGGAACAUGUUAUGUCACUCCUCUACUUGGAGCUCUAAUAGCUGAUGCUUAUUGGGGAAGAUAUUGGACAAUUGCUUGUUUCUCUGCCAUUUAUUUCAGCGGAAUGGUUGCACUAACACUCUCAGCUUCAGUUCCGGGUCUGAAGCCAGGGGAAUGUAUAGGCUCCAUCUGUCCACCAGCAACAAUAACUCAGCAAGCAGUUUUAUUUUCAGGGCUUUACCUCAUCGCUCUAGGAACUGGGGGAAUCAAACCAUGUGUCUCAUCCUUUGGUGCUGAUCAGUUUGACCAAACUGAUCCAAGUGAACGAGUCAGAAAAGCUUCUUUCUUCAACUGGUUCUACUUCUCAAUCAACGUUGGUGCGUUUGUCUCAUCUACUCUUCUAGUGUGGGUUCAAGAGAAUUAUGGGUGGGAGCUAGGUUUCAUGAUACCAACCGUGUUCAUGGGACUUGCUACUGCUAGUUUCUUCUUUGGCACUCCUCUUUAUAGGUUUCAGAAACCUAGAGGCAGUCCCAUUACUAGAGCUUGCCAGGUUCUUGUAGCCGCAUACCGUAACAUGAACCUCAAGCUCCCUGAAGAAGACAAGAACUCUGACCACACGGGCGGUUACAUGUUUCUUGACAAAGCCGCAAUGAUUUCAGAAGAAGACGCCAUUCAUGACCCGUGGAAGCUUUGUAGUGUGACUCAAGUCGAAGAAGUUAAGAUUAUAUUACGUUUGUUCCCUAUUUGGGCCUCAGGGAUCAUCUUCUCAGUCCUUCAUUCACAGAUAUACACUCUUUACGUCCAACAAGGACGGUCCAUGCAACGAACUAUAAGCUCAUUCGAGAUCCCUCCCGCUACUCUUGGCAUGUUCGACACUGCAAGCGUCCUCAUAACCGUUCCAAUAUACGAUAGACUCAUCGUUCCCUUUGUGAGAAAGUUCACUGGCUUGGCAAAAGGGUUCACUGACUUACAACGUAUGGGGAUUGGACUGUUCGUCUCUGUCUUGAGCUUAGCAGUUGCAGCUAUAGUUGAGACGGUUCGGUUAGGUUUAGCUCGAGAAAGUGGAGAUGUGAUGACAAUCUUCUGGCAAGUUCCUCAGUACUUUCUUAUGGGCACUGCUGGUGUUUUUUUCUUUGUUGGUCGGAUUCAGUUUUUCUAUGAGCAGUCUCCAGAUACAAUGAGAAGUUUGUGUAAUGCUUGGGCUCUUUUGACUACUACACUAGGAAACUACUUGAGUUCGAUGAUUGUUACGCUUGUGGCGUAUUUGAGCGGGAAAGAUGAUGGUUGGAUUCCUUCAGAGAACCUAAACAAGGGACAUCUUGACUACUUCUUCUGGCUUUUGGUCUGUCUUGGCUCUGUGAACAUUCCAGUUUUUAUAUUCUUCUCUGUUAGAUACAACCAGAAGAAGGUUUAGUAAGGUUUUUUUCUAUCCUUCUUCUUGGUUCCACACCUGAAGUAUGUAACUCGUUUCGUCAUGGAGGAUCUUUAGGUAUCAAGAAAAUGUG